AUGCUUUACGAACAUUAUUACCUUUUUUUAUUAAUUAAUAGUCAUGCAUUUACAAUCAUAGGAAUUAAAUUAUUAGAAGAUUCUAUUCAACAUACUACAAGUUCCUGUACUCUUGCUAAAUUUGCGCUAGCUCAACUUAUAGAUGAUAUUGAUUUUCGAAUAUUAACUUAUCUUGAACAACAAUUAAAGCAACAGUACCCUGAUAUACGUGUUCGUCAAGCAACUGCUUCGACUUUUGCUAAUCUUAAAAAAUAUAUUAAUACAAAUGAAAGUAAUUUACAAGCUGCUGUACUCGAUUUACAUGUUCAAUUACUUUUAAUUCGUCAUUUUAUUUAUUGUAUUGCUGAAUUUCUUGUUAUGUUAUCACAUGAUACACUUCAUUCAAAACGAGUUGCUAAAAUACAAGAUUUAAUAAAACAUAAUGAUUCAUUAUUAGCAAGUGGACAGGAACCUGAAACACAUGCUUUAGCAGCAUUAGAACCAGUUUUAUAUGAUUUUUUUUCUUGUUCGAGUUAUGCGAAUAAUUAA